AUGACGUCGCAUCGCAAGUCAAGGUCCCCGUCGACCCCUUCUGAGGGUGAGAUCAUCGAAUCGGGUUCAGAGAUGAAGGCAACUGCGUCAAAACCUCCUCUUAAUGGCACCAGCGUUGACCGUCCCCCCAGAGCUAGUUCACCCUUUGCAUCACUGAAAGGCAGUGGAUCGCCCCGUCGACAGAAGUCAUGGACCAGGUCGCGCUCGAGAUCCGGAUCUCGCUCGCCAUACCGGGAUAACAGAGGCAACAAGCGCAGGCGCAACGAUGACUAUGAUCAGUACGAGAGCCGAUCCUCCCGCCAGGAACCGUCGCGACGUUACGGGUCGAGAUACGAUGACAGACAGGAUGACCGGGGUGCUCCCUCCCGCCGACCACGAUCUUACUACGACUACGAUCGCGAGGAAAGCUAUGGAGGAGGUCUGAGUUAUACCGAUGACUAUGAUCAGCGCAAAGACAAGCGACAGCGAACCCGAAGCCGAUCUCCGUAUCGCCACGGGAGAAAGCCCAAGCAGUACGAUGAUCUGGAACCCAGGGAGAGCUCCAUGUCUCAGGCAGGUAGCAAGGGACGUGGGUCAUCGGAAAAUGUAGUGAGCGAACAUGGAAAGACUCAGGCUGGUGCGCGGGACUCCAAACUGGGUGCUGAAACACAAAAGAAUCAGGUGCAGCGGACUCUUCCGAGACGCGCUCAUUUUGCCGACGAUGUCGAUGAACCUUCUACAUCAGAAGCUGUUGAAGAAUCGCAACCAGAACCUGUCGAUGAAGCUGCUGCUCUUGAAGCUCGCCGUAAACGUCGCGAGGCAAUCCGGGCGAAAUACCGAAGCCAGGCGUCCCCUCUGCAUCUCCAAGCCCCGCAAGUUGAUACAGAUUCAUCUACCCCAGGUUCGACACCGGUUACUGAACUCGCGGGUGCGCAAGAUACGACAGAUUCCUCUCGGUUGUCUCCAUCUCAACCCUCUAACGAGCAGCCAGGUGAAACAUUUCCAGAUUUCAGGAUUGGCAAAGACACGGAUCUCAUCAACCAUGAUGCACCCAUGGAAGGGUCUGAGAAAGACGAACCCUCUGCCGCAGACUAUGAUCCGACAUUUGAUAUGAAAGAGGAGAGACAAAAGCAUGGUGUUCAGAACUCCAAGGAUGAUGUCUCAUCCGCGGCAUAUGAUGAAACGCAGGCCACCAAACAAGACAUCCUCAUACCGGAUACUCCACAGCAACCUCCUCAAUCUAAGGCGAAAACCCCUUAUGAUAUGUUCGCGGAGGACGAUGAUGAUGAUAUGUUUGCUGAGGAAAAAGACGAUCAUCCAGCACACGCAUCAGCAACAGCUGUUCCGCAGGCUCAAGAACUCGAUAUCAGCAUGAUGGACAACUGGGACGACCCCGAAGGUUAUUACAAUACCCGACUUGGCGAGCUGAUCAAUGGUCGCUAUCAUGUGAAGCAGGUGCUGGGCAAGGGUAUGUUUUCAUCUGUUGUACGAGCUUUGGACGAGAAGACCGGACAAUUGGUUGCUGUCAAGAUCAUCCGUCAGAACGACACCAUGCGCAAGGCCGGUAUGAAGGAGAUCGGAAUCCUAGAACAGCUUCAUGAAGCCGACCCAGAGGACAAGAAGCAUGUCAUCAAAUUCGAGCGGUACUUCGAUCACAAGGGCCAUUUGUGCAUGGUAUUCGAGAAUCUCAGCAUGAAUCUUCGUGAACUGCUCAAGAAAUACGGCCGUGAUGUCGGACUGAACUUGCACGCCAUCCGCGCCUACGCCCAACAGAUUUUCCUUGGCUUGAGCCUUCUCCGCAAGUGUAACAUCUUGCACGCCGAUCUAAAGCCCGAUAACCUCCUUGUGAACGAAAAUCGCAACCUGCUCAAGGUCUGCGAUUUAGGUUCUGCAUCCUCCGCCUCCGACAACGAAAUCACUCCCUACCUCGUCAGUCGUUUCUACCGUGCCCCUGAAGUCAUGCUAGGUAUUCCCUUUGACUACGCCAUCGACGUUUGGUCUAUCGGCUGCACACUCUUCGAACUAUACACAGGCAAGAUCCUCUUCACGGGCCGAAACAACAACCAAAUGCUACGCGCAAUCAUGGAAUGCCGCGGUAAAUAUCCGCCCAAGCUCCUGCGCCGCGGAUCUCUCGCCCACAUGCAUUUUGACGACAUGCUCAACUUCCACAGUAUAGAGGAAGACAGAAUCACCGGUCGUCCCGUGACCCGCAUUAUGGAUUUCAAGAAGCCCGAGCGCGACUUGAAGACCCGGUUGAUGGGUAAGGGGACGCGCGGCAUGGCUGAUAGUGAUGCGAAGGAUUUGACGCUGUUUGUGGACUUCCUUGAUCGGUGUCUGACUCUUAAUCCUGAGAAGCGGUGCACUCCUGCGGAUGCGUUGAAACAUCCUUUCUUGACACGGAAGUAG